CACCUCAUUCCCUCCUUGACCCAUUUUUCAAAACCCAAACACUAAAAAAACCCGAUUUAAAACCCCAAUUUCAAGCCCUAACUCCGCCGUACAAAUGGCCGACGAUGAAAUUCCCACCGUUCCUCCGCCGUUUACACCGCCGCCGUGGGUCACCGUCUCCCCAUUCCCCCACCCAUCGCCCCGCCGCCUCUCCAGCCACUUUAUUCCCCCGACCCGACCCGUACGACCCGUCAGACAGCUCGCAUGGGUGGAUCUAAAGGGUCGGAUUGUUGGAGCUGAAGAAGCCAGCUCGGCUAAAGCCAUCGGCGGCGGCUUGAGCCCCGAACAAGCCGUGGCUUGGGAGCUGUUUAGUCCUAUGCAUAGGGUUUUGAUUGUGGCGGUUAUUGCAGUUGCAGCUGUGAAUUCAAAGAAGAAUAAGUUGAUUUUUCAGUUGAAAAAGUCGGUUAAGAUUCGGGAUGAGGUGCUGUUAGGUAUGCAGGAAAAGCUUGACAAAUUAUGUGAGCAGGUGAAUUAUUUCAAGGAUAAACCGGAUAUCGCGUCAUAUGAUUUUGAGUAUAUUGGCUGCGGCUGCACCCGUUGUGAUCAUCACCAACUACCAUUAGAAUGUAAAGAAGUGGAUAUUACUAAAAAUUCUGUUGUUGCUGAUAAUGAUGAUGAACAUAUGAUCCAGUUGAAAACGGCUAGUGAUGUUGAACAAGAAGAACGGCGCAUGUCUGAUUUGUCAGAUUGGGCUCCAAGCGUCAGCUCGUCGACAGAUGUUCAGUGGAAUGUUCCGGUUGAACAUGAGAUUGGCAAACUACAGAAGGAAUGUGAAGAAAAGGAUGCUGCAAUCAAAGAAUUAUCCGAUGUUCUUAACUCAGCAGAAUCGCAUAGUUCAAAGAGAAUUGCAGAACUGGAAGACGUUAUACGUAGGAAAAACAUGUUGAUCACAAAGCUUCGGAAAGACAUGAUGGUCCUUGAACAAAAGGUAAUGCACCUAACAAGGAUGAGAAGACCAUCUUCCUCAAAGUCAACUUCCAGUUCGAAUAAGCUUCCCGCCAUGUCAGACAAUCUAGUAUAUGACAUGGACAGCACGACGAGCCCGUCUGAUGAUUCAGAUUCCUCUGCUAAUAUGAAACAUCGAGUUCCUAUGAUAAAUCCCAUGUUCAAGGAAGAUCAUAGUACCACUAUUCUUAAAAAACCGACAUAUUCCGGUACCUCUAAGCAUAUGGUCAAAUCAAGCGAAAAACCGUUAAGACCUGGAACCAUUCUGAAAGAAAAAUCACUAAAUCAACAAGUGGAUUCGGUCAACAUGUCAAAGUCAAAGGAGUCAAAGUCUGUUUCUGGAGGAUAUAAGAGUAGAAAUGGUAUAAGUUCAAAGUCAACCAAAUCUAGAGUGCCCAGAGAAUAUAAAAGAUGGGCUUGAACAGUUUUUAUAUUUUUUUAUUUGUUAUAAAAAAGGUUAAGUUGUUGUGAACAUGCUGAGAAAUAUUUACAAGGAUUUUUUUUUGGUCAAACUUACUAUGGUUUUGUUUUUA